CAUGUUCUCCCCAACAACGCGGUAGAAUUUACUGCUCAACUUACUUUACUCUCGAGAUACCCGUCCUACACCUUAUCGACAAAACAUUGUAUACUUUGCCUGCCUCGUCCAUCACCGAACCCAGAAACUUUGUUCUCCAUGUCUUCUAUCACAUCCUUGCCUGCGGACGCGACAGGGCAACUUGAGGCAUCAACCGAGACCACCAAAGCAGGGGAGAAGCGUGCUCGUCGUGCUACUCGCCCUUACAAAUGUGCCCACUGCCCAAAGGUCUUCAAACGCAGUGAGCACUGCAUUCGUCAUGAGCGUAGUCACACAAACGAGAAGCCUUAUGCUUGCCAGUACUGUUUGAAGACGUACUCAAGAAAAGAUCUCGUGACACGGCAUGAGAAGACCCUACAUGCGGAACACAAUAGCAAAGUCAUCGAUGAUCCGUCCGACGAUGAUGCAUCGGAGGAGGAAACUUCGAGUGAAAGAGAUCAUCCCCCUAAGCGACAUCGCGCCUAUCGCACCCCUUUGAGCCAGCCCUCGCUAGGAGAUGGCCCAAGGAGAGACUCUUGCUCGUCAACUCUAGUUUCCAAUAGCAUCGUGGUCGCAACGCAGCACAAGAGCAAGUCGAGAGAGACUCAACAAUUUCCACCACGCGGACAAGCAGCUCUCACUCCUCCGCAAACGCACGAUGCCUCGACUUCGAACUCAGCAGACGCCUUGGAUAUGUUUUUCGACACGAAUCCCGGCAUAAUCUUUGGCCAUAGUCAGCCGCAAGGCCUACCCAUGACCCAAGGGUUUGUCUUUAAUCGGCUACGAAAUCAACUCAGCGAAGGCACUACGGACAGAGACCGUAUGAUAAACGGUCACCCUCAGCUUACAGAAGAAGAUGGCUCAGGUCUUGGUCCCUUGGACUCUUUUCUCGCAGAUCCAACUUCACAGCCAAUAUUGCCCAUGUCUGAGGAAACCUUUGAUUACACGCACGACUUUGGCUUCCUCGACGCUCCGGACUGGAUGGGAUUAUCAAACCCAGACACUGGCCUUGAAGCCUCAAAUGAUUCCAAUGCCAGUUCUCUAGAGCAGCCAUGCUCAUCGGAAAGGAGUCUACAUCAAGCAGAUAAGCAGUCUCAGUCAGGAGCCUUGAAGUCCAGGUCUCAAGCCGUUUCUGAGCGCAACCUUCCACGUCUGCUUGAGAACAAGCGAUCUCCGAAGCCAAGUCUCACCAUGGAUAAGCCCCUGCACGACUCAAUCUGUAGAGACGUGAAUAAGCGGCUUACCGGUCCUGACAUAUCAAAGGACAUUCCUCCCUUGAAGGCCUGUCAAAGCUUUCUCUCUAGUUACGUGGAGUGUUUUCAUUGUCACCUACCUUUGAUUCACAUCCAGACGAUUUCGCAUGGUGAUAUUCCUAGUCCCCUGAUACUUGCUAUGUGCAGUAUUGGCGCUCUGUAUCGCUUAGAUCGCCGUCGCGCACGGCGUCUUUGGGACCUGGCGCUGAGAUUGAUUGAGCCGAUCCUUACGAGAGACUGUCCACUCUGGGUUAUGCAAACUAAAUUUCUGUUGACUUUCUUCGCUAUUUUCAGUGGCGAUAAUGACUUGGCGGCCCAGUCUAUAGGAGAGAGCAGUCACUAUACCUUGUUAUACGCAAAGGUCCGGCAUCAGCUGCAACAAGACAACGUGGAUCUCCUGAGUUCAACUUGGGCAGACUGGGUACAACGCGAAUCAUGGAAGAGACUCCUCGGUGCCAUAUACGUGGCGAGUACGGUCAACACCAUCAUAUACGGCCUCAGUCCUGCCUUCAAUGCCAGCCAGGAUCUUGAAAUCGAGCACUUCCAUGACGAAAACCUCUGGAAUGCUUCAUCUGCCAACGAAUGGCGAGAGCUGCGUGCCAGUUACAGAAAGAGGAACUCAAGAACCACCAAGGAUAUUCUAGAAGAUGUCUUGUCUAAGAAUACUAAUGAUUCCAGAUUUGAGUCAUACAACAUCUCACCGUUCUCUGCGCUCAUUCUGAUGCAUGCCGUCUUGAUACACACCUGGCAGCUCUCCCAGCUUUCGCAAACCUCGGCAGUUUUCUCCUUUCAAUCAAAGACCGGGAAUUCCUCUUUAGGGAAAUCUCUUCUCGCAAAUGCCCUGAACUCAUUGGACAGGUGUCACGGGCUGCUGAAGCAAACCAGAGAAGGCCAGCUUGAGGAUAUGGACGACAACGACAUCACAUCGCUAUGCUUUAGCUCACACGCCAUACUCAGGGCUGCUUACAUUCGGCUCUUUGACAACACCAAGAGUUUUGAUCGUCUCAGUCUGCUCGCAGAAGAUCCAAGUACCGUUGACAGCUCCGUCACCAUGUUUACGAACAUGAAGCUGGAAAGAAACGUCGACUGUGUGAAGGCCAUCGAGAAAACGCUGGAAGGAAUUCAGCUACCAGUGAAGAUGGGGCAUAUGCUCAUACGGAAAACAGCUGCUUUCCGAUGGAGCGUGGAGCAUGCGGUUGCAGCUUGGGACAAUGUCCUCUUCACCACGAAAUGGGCGCACACAAUCGAACUAGAUAUGAGGAGAGGUAUCGAGCCCAGUGCAGCCGAAGUAGACCUCCUCAUGAAGAUAAAAGACAUUCUCGAGGAGGCAGACUAUGAUGCAAAUGAGAGCGCAUCCAUCGCUGCAGGCUUAGCUAAAACCUGCAGUCUCUUCCUUCAAGAUGUAUGGGUCUGGGGUAUCACAGUGAGAAUGGGCGAUGUUCUGGAACGAUUGGCAGGGGCAUACGAGCGAGAGAUGGAGGCUGCUGGGCCUGCUUGUCAACCUUAGAACCAGACUAGCGCAUUCUAGCAGGCCUGAUCUACAUCAUACCAGACUUCAGGAAGUAUAUCAAAUGUGUACCGUCCCGCCGGCGUGUGAUCAGUCAUCAACAAACCAACG